ACAAUACACGAAUUUCAAGCUCUCUUUUGGAAAUACAUGCAUAUUCUUAAAUUUCUUAAGAUAGCUGCGGUCAAUUGAAUUAAUUUUAAAUACGGUCAGGUCUUUUCUACAUCUGUUCCUUGUGCUCCAAGGAGGGAAACAACCCCACACGGAGAACCCAGGCGGGCCACGGCCUCGGCCAGCUCUUGUAGCCGAGGCGCCCGUGCCCCCGCACGCCCGGCUGCCCUCACAGCAGCGGCCCCGCCGCCGGUACGGCCCCGGGGGAGCACCGCUGACACUGCCGCCACCGACACCGCCUCGCAGCAGGGCGGGAGCUGCAGAAAAACAAACAAAAAAGGCGCAGUGCCGAUUAUUUCCCUCUCCCCGCGGGAAACUUGGUCACUUUCCACCGAGAAUGCAUUACCAGGCCGCUCCCGACAGCCGGGCUGCUCCUCAUUUUGCAAGGUCUCACCUUGCUGAAGCAGUUGCCAAAGCCAAGGCAGGUGGAGGUGGUGGUGGAAGCAUUGGUGGAACUGGGAGAGGUCUUGUGGGGCAGAUUAUUCCUAUAUAUGGAUUUGGCAUCUUCUUAUAUAUCCUGUACAUCUUAUUUAAGCUGGCUUCUAAGGGAAAAACUACUGCUGGAGAGCGGAAAUGCCCUACUGCUGCACCUGGAAACAUGAAGAGGAAAAUCACUGACUAUGAGCUCACUCAACUCCAGGAAAAACUGAGAGAGACAGAAGAAGCUAUGGAAAAAUUAAUCAACCGAGUAGGACCUAACUGUGACAGCAGGACUCAAAAUGUUACAACAGACCAGGAAAAAAGGUUACUUCAGCAACUCCGAGAAAUUACUAGAGUUAUGAAAGAAGGAAAAUUCAUAGAUGGAAUCUCUCCUGAGAAGGAAGCUGAAGAAGCUCCUUACAUGGAGGAUUGGGAAGGUUAUCCAGAAGAGACCUAUCCUAUCUAUGAUAAUUCUGAUUGCUUCAAGCGCAAACAGGACACAAUCCUUGUAGAUUACCCUGACUUGAGCCAGCCCUCUGCAGAAGAACUGGCAGAAAGGAUGGAGGGCAUAGAAGAGGAGGAGCAUCUGUGCAAUGAAACCCUGCUAUCUGAUCUCACCAUGGGAAGGGGCAUUCAUGAUUUAAUGCCGAAAAAGGACAAGGUAACUGGCAUCAGUGAAGAGGAGAGGGACCUUCAUCACAGUGAAAGCAUUGAGGAUUGCUGCUGUUGUUACGAGGACGACGAUCCUGCUGUCAUAGCGGAGAACACUGGAUUCCACUCUGAAAGCUGCAGUGAAGCAGAAGAGUCAACCCAAGAGGAUCUGUCUGUGGAGUCAGAAAAUGAAAAUGCAGUACUGAAAAAGCAAAAAGACAGUGAUUCAGAUGAAACAGGUACACUGAGAAAGCGCAACACGAAAGGACUUGAGUAAUAGGAACAAUUGUGGAUGUUAUCUAGAUGACGAAGGUCAUAAACUGUCAUUUGUGUGGUUUUUGUUCCCAGUGAAGACUUCUGUGUGUUCAUCAACUUGUACUAAUUUCAUUCCUGUGUCACAUCAUCUACCUGAACUGGAAGUGAGUGCCCUCCUUCAAGCCGUUUUGUCAUGGCUUACCAUGACAUUGCCAACAGUGCUUUUUGGAGACUCUUAUCUUGGAACAGAUUAUUCUGCUCAAAUAUUUGUGAUUAUUUCUGAUUUGGAAGAAGCAGUCCUUUUUUUGCCCUUUGCCAUCCCAGAGUUAACCAAAUGUCCCUUCUGACCUUCUCAAAAACAUCUGUUUGUGUGCUACCAGUUAUGAAAAUUAAUCAAAUCCAUAUAUAUUUAUGAGAUUAUCAGGAAGCUGGAGAAGAAGGUAUGCCUUCUUUCUCUUACCUGAAUGUUAACUGAUCAGCAGAGCAGACCAUAGUCACACACGUGACUCUUUCUCAACCAUGUCAUGCUGCUGUAUGCCUGAGAAACUCUUGUCACUACAGUCCACAAAGUUCAUAUGCUACCCUAACCUACAGCAUGUUUUCCAGUUUAUUCCAUGUUGCAGGACCAGUAGCCUAAUCUAUGGUGUGUCCCAGGGAGAGCAUGAGCAAGACUGAAGCAUUAUGAGUUGUUCUUUGUGUUUGCCAUAGCCACAGUGAAACGUCUUGGUGAAACUCCUAGAUGAGUGUAGGAAUUGGCCCGUACUUCAUGUGAGCGAAGAACAGUAAAAAUAUCCUUGAGGAUUAAAAAGAAAAAAA